UUGUUAUCAUUUUGCUUCUCUCAAAGUUCAAAGCUUUAUUUAUAACACACUAAGCAGUCUAAGAGAAAGUGAAAAAACAUCACCCCUACUGAAAAACUCACUCAAGAAUAAAGAAAAUAAAGGAUGGCUAACUCUGUAUGUUUCACUUCAGUUUGUUCCUUCAGCACUCCCAAUAAACCAGGGAUAAUUAUUAAUGAUUCUAUCCCAAGGAAGGUUAUUGGGGUAAAUGAAGUGUUUAAGAGCUCCAAAGGUGCCAGAUUUCAAUCUUUAGAGGCCAAGGCUGUAGAUGAUAAUCAAAGAGCUAAACCGAAGAGCAUUGUUUGCGCUGAUUGUGACGGAAAUGGUGCCAAACAGUGUUCUCAAUGCAAAGGUACCGGAGUGAAUUCCGUUGAUCACUACAAUGGACGAUUUAAAGCUGGUGGAUUGUGUUGGCUUUGCAGGGGGAAAAGGGAGAUUUUAUGUGGAGACUGCAAUGGAGCUGGUUUCAUUGGUGGAUUUAUGAGCACAUUUGAUGACUGAAUGUAAAAGAGGCUCAGUCUUUUUGAAUCAGUUUUUUUCAUGGAUGUUUACUAUAAUAAUCUUUUGUAACUUCUGUUUUGUUUCUUAGAUGAACGAUACCCUUUGCUUCA